AUGCUGGAGAGAAGUUAUACCAUGCCAACUGAGUUCCUACUUGCUGGAUUCACAGAUUAUCUCCCUCUCAGAGCCACACUAUUCUUGGUAUUUCUCAUAGUAUAUACACUAACUGUGGUGGGAAAUAUAGGUUUAAUAAUCCUAGUUAACAUCAGUCCAAGCCUUCAAACCCCCAUGUACUACUUUCUCAGCAACUUGUCUUUCUUAGACAUCAGCUAUGCUACAGCAAUUGCUCCUAAAAUGCUGGUGAAUUUCUUAGCAUCCAGGAAAAGCAUCUCUCCCUAUGGCUGUGCACUACAAAUGUUUUUCUUUGGUUGUUUUGCUGAUGCUGAUGCUGAGUGCCUUAUCCUGGCAGCAAUGGCAUAUGACCGCUAUGCAGCCGUCUGUAACCCACUGCUCUAUCCUACACUUUUGUCUAGGAGAAUCUGUAUCUGCUUCAUUGUGUUGGCAUACUUCAGUGGAAGUCUGACUUCGAUGGUACAUGUCUGCCUCGCAUUCAGGCUGCCAUUUUGCGGCUCCAAUAUCAUCAACCAUUUUUUCUGUGAUAUCCCACCUUUCCUGGCUUUAUCAUGCGCUGAUACCCAUUUCAAAGAGCUUCUGCUUGCCUUGUGUGGCUUCAUCCAAACCAGCACUUUCGUGGUCAUAUUUAUCUCUUACUUCUGUAUCCUCAUCACUGUUUUGAGCAUAAAGUCCUCAGGUGGUAGAAGCAAAACUUUCUUCACCUGUGCUUCCCAUCUCAUAGCCGUCACCUUGUUCUAUGGAACUCUCCUGAUUAUGUACUUAUGUUCCACCACCAGCUAUUCCCUAGACACUGAUAAGGUAGUUGCAGUGUUUUAUACUGUUGUCUUUCCCAUGUUUAACCCAAUAAUCUACAGCUUCAGAAACAAGGAUGUAAAAAAUGCCCUCAAAAAGCUAUUAGAGGGGCGAGCCCAGCAGCCUAGGGGUUAA